AUGUCCCCGCUCUUGGACAGCAUCGCCACCAUCGUCGGCGUCUUCCAGCAGCACGCCCGGGCAGAUGGGGACGGCUCCGGGCUCAGCCGCAGGAGGAUGAGGGAGCUGAUCCAGAGGGAAUUCGCAGAUUCCCUGGUGAAGCCACAUGACCCUCAGACCAUCGAGAAGAUCCUGCAGUUCCUGGAGUGGGAUGGGGACGGGGACAUCGAUUUCAAUGAGUUCCUCCUCCUGGUGUUCCGUGUGGCCAAGUGCUGCUUCUGGUUCCAGCCAAGGGCCCCGUUCCUGGUGCAGAGGACAAAGCUCCCAACCGGCGGGAAAUCCCUGCGGGAGACGGAAUUCAGGAGCAGAGGGAGCCGCCGGCAGCUCCAGGAGGAGGAGGAGGAGGAGGAACGACAAACCUGGGAGAGGAAUCGUGAGGCUGAGCUGCAAGGAGACCUCAGGGUCAGGGAGGGGGAAAUCUCGGAGGAAACGAGGAGGGAUCAGCAGGAACGUCGCACACGGAGCAGGGAGGAACCACGCCAGGAGCUGAUCCCUCGGGAACGCCGGGAACAGAGCCAGGAGCCGUGCGAGCAGCGGGAGAGCCGGAGAAGGCGGCAGCCCCCGGAGCCGGACAGAAGAGAGGGAGAGAGGAGAGACCAGGAGGAAGAAGAGGCAGACGUGAGGACAGGCAGGCAACUCCGGGAACCCCAAGCACGGCCGGACCGGUGGAGCUGCCAGGAGCAAGGGCGUGAUGAAAGAACCCAGCGGCCACGAGGAGCAGAUGGAGAAGGAGACAACCGGCCACGGGAACCCAAAUUGCUCCGGGAGGAGAGGAGCCGCCACCGCCGGCGUGAGCUGGGACAAAGGGAGCUGGAAGGGAGAAGGCGCCGGGCGGCUGAGCUGGAAUGUCCGGAGUCCAGGAGGCCACACCAGUCGUACCUGGAGGAACCGUUAGAGAUCGACCUCGGGGAAUGUGGGAGAGCAGAGGCAGAGGAACGCUGCCACAGACAGAGAACAAAGCGGGAACAGGAGCUGGAAUCGGCGGAAAGGGAAAGGGAGAUCCGGGAGGAGCAGGAGAGAAGAGAAAGAGAUGAUCCCAGAAGAAAAGGGAGAAUGAGAGAGAGGAGGGUGGAUGAGGAACAGGAGCUGGAGGUGGAUGUGUCUGAGCGCCGGACACUGGAAAGGGAGGAAGAAGUGGCUGCCAGAAACCUGAGAGCAACACGGGAGAGACAUGAGCGUGAAAUUCGUGAGAUUGGAGAUGAUGGAAGGAGACAGAGAGAAACCCUGCGGUUUGAAAGGGACAGAGAGAUCUCAGUGGCAGCAGCUGAAGUUGACGUCAAAGUGCACCGUGAGAUCCGGGAACGAGAGAGGGAUGAAGCUGUGAGGGAGAGGAGAAUCGAUCAGCAACGGGAGCUGGUGGUGUCUGAGCACCGGGCACGGGAAAGGGAGGAAGAAGUGGCCAGAGCUGGCCGGAGAGAGACACGGGACAGACGAGAGCGAGACAUCCGUGAGAUUGAAGCUGAUGGAAGGAGACAAAGAGAAACUCUGAGGUACGAGAGGGACAGAGAGAUCUCAGUGGCAGCAGCAGAAGCCGAUGUCAAAGUGCGCCGUGAGAUCCGGGAACGAGGUGAGGAGCUGAGAAGGAGAGAACGUCCCUGUGAGGCUGAAGACAGAAGAAUUUGCCCCAGAAGAGAAAGAGAUGAGAUUCGGGGGGAGAGGAGAAUCGAUGUUGAACAGGAGCUGGAGGUGUCUGAGCGCCGGGCACGGGAAAGGAGUGAAGAAGUGGCUGCCAUUGGCCAGAGAGAAACACGGGACAGACGUGAGCGUGAAAUUCAUGAGAUUGAAGCUGAUGGAAGAAGACAAAGAGAAUCAGUGAGGUUUGAAAGGGACAGAGAGAUCUCAGUGGCAGCAGUCGAAGCCGAUGUCAAAGUGCGCCGUGAGAUCCGGGAACGAGGUGAGGAGCUGAGAAGGAGAGAACGUCCCUGUGAGGCUGAAGACAGAAGAAUUUGCCCCAGAAGAGACGGUGAAGAGCCUCUGAGGGAGAGGAGAAUCGACCAGGAAUGGGAGCUGGAGGCCUCUGAGCGUCAGACAAGGGAAAGGAAGGAAGAAAUCCGGGAACGAGGUGAGGAGCUGAGAAGGAGAGAACGUCCCUGUGAGCGUGAGGAGGAAGAGAGGAGAAUCUCCCAGGUCAGAGAGAGGGAUGAAGCUGUGAGGGAGAGGAGAAUUGAUCGGGAAUGGGAGCUGGAGGGCUCUGAGCGCCGGACACGGGAAAGGGAGGAAGAAGUGGCCGCCAGAAACCUGAGAGAGACACGGGAGAGACGAGAGAGAGAAAUUCGUGAGAUUGAAUCUGAUAGGAGGAGAGAACAAGAAGUGUAUGACAGGAGAAGAGAGAUCUCAGUGGCAGCAGCUGAAGCCGAUGUCAAAGUGCGCCGUGAGAUCCGGGAAAGAGGUGAGGAGCUGAGAAGGAGAGAACGUCCCUGUGAGGCUGAAGACAGAAGAAUUUGCCCCAGAAGAGAAAGAGAGGAGCCCCUGAGGGAGAGGAGAAUUGACCAGGAACGGGAGCUGGAGGUGGAGGGCUCUGAGUGCCGGGCAAGGGAAAGGGAGGAGAGACAAGAGAGUGAAAUUUGUGAACUUGAAGAUGACGGAAGGAGACAAAGAGAAACUCUGAGGUACGAGAGGGACAGAGAGAUCUCAGUGGCAGCAGCCGAAGCCGAUGUCAAAGUGCGCCGUGAGAUCCGGGAACGAGGUGAGGAGCUGAGAAGGAGAGAACGUCCCUGUGAGCGUGAGGAGGGAGCAGAACCAGAGAGGAGAAUCUCCCGUGUCAGAGAGAGGGAAGAGGCCGUGAGGGAGAGGAGAAUCAACCAAGAACGGGAGCUGGAGGUGUCUGAGCGCCGGGCACGGGAAAGGGAGGAAGAAGUGGCCAGAGUUGGUCGGAGAGAGACACGGGAGAGACGUGAAAUUGGUGAAAUUCGUGAGACUGAUGAUGAUGGGAGGAGGCAAAGAGAAACCCUGAGGUUCGAAAGGGACAGAGAGAUCUCAGUGGCAGCAGAAGAAGCUGAGGUCGAAGUGCGCCGAGAGGAGCUGAGAAGGAGAGAACGUCCCUGUGAGCGUGAGGAGGGAGCAGAACCAGAGAGGAGAAUCUCCCGGGUCAGAGAGAGGGAAGAGGCCCUGAGGGAGAGGAGAAUCGAUCAGCAACGGGAGCUGGUCGUGUCUGAGCGCCGGGCACGAGAAAGGGAGGGAGUGGCCGCCAGAAACCUGAGAGAGACAUGGGAGAGACGAGAGCGAGACAUCCGUGAGGCUGAAAUAGAUGCAAGGAGAGAACAAGAAGUGUAUGACAGGAGAAGAGAGAUCUCAGUGGCAGCAGCUGAAGCCGACAUCAAAGUGCGCCGUGAGAUCCAGGAACGAGGUGAGGAGCUGGGAAGGAGAGAACGUCCCCGUGAGGGAGAAGACAGAAGAAUUUGCCCCAGAAGAGACAGGGAAGAGCCCCUGAGGGAGCGGAGAAUUGAUCAGCAACAGGAGCUGGAGGUGGAGGGCUCUGAGCAACAGGCACGGGAAAGGGAGGAAGAAGUGACCAGAGUUGGCCGGAGAGAGACACGGGACAGACGUGAAAUUCGUGAGAUUCGUGAACUUGAAGCUGAUGCAAGAAGACAAAGAGAUUCAGAGAGGUACGAGAGGGACACAGAGAUCUCAGUGGCAGCAGCCGAAGCCGAUGUCAAAGUGCACCGUGAGAUCCGGGAACGAGAUGAGGAGCUGAGAAGGAGAGAACGUCCCUGUCAGGCUGAAGACAGAAGAAUUUGCCCCAGAAGAGAGAGGGAAGAGGCCGUGAGGGAGAGGAGAAUCGAUCAGCAACGGGAGCUGGAGGUGUCUGAGCGCCGGGCACGGGAAAGGGAGGAAGAAGUGGCCAGAGUUGGCCAGAGAGAGACACGGGACAGACGAGAGCGAGACAUCCGUGAGAUUGAAGAUGGUGGAAGGAGACAAAGAGAAACUCUGAGGUACGAGAGGGACAGAGAGAUCUCAGUGGCAGCAGCAGAAGCUGACGUCAAAGUGCACCGUGAGAUUCGGGAACGAGGUGAGGAACUGAGAAGGAGUGAACGUCCCUGUGAGAGUGAGGAGGGAGCAGAACCAGAGAGGAGAAUUUCCCGUGUCAGAGAGACGGAUGAAGCUGUGAGAGAGAGGAGAAUCGAUGUUGAACGGGAGCUGGAGGUGUCUGAGCGCCGGGCACGGGUAAGGGAGGAAGAAGUGACCAGAGCUGGCCGGAGAGAGACAAGGGACAGACAAGAGCGUGAAAUUCGUGAACUUGAAGCUGAUGGGAGGAGACAGAGAGAAUCAGUGAGGUACGAGAGGGACAGAGAGAUCUCAGUGGCAGCAGCUGAAGCUGACGUCAAAGUGCGCCAUGAGAUCCGGGAACGAGGUGAGGAGCUGAGAAGGAGAGAACGUCCCUGUGAGCGUGAGGAGGAAGCAGAACCAGAGAGGAGAAUUUCCCGUGUCAGAGAGAGGGAAGAGGCCGUGAGGGAGAGGAGAAUCGAUGUUGAUCGGGAGCUGGAGGUAUCUGAGCGCCGGGCACGGGUAAGGGAGGAAGAAGUGGCCAGAGUCGGCCGGAGAGAGACACGGGACAGACGUGAGCCUGAAAUUCGUGAACUUGAAGCUGAUGGGAGGAGACAGAGAGAAUCAGUGAGGUACGAGAGGGACAGAGAGAUCUCAGUGGCAGCAGCCGAAGCCGACAUCAAAGUGCGCCGUGAGAUCCAGGAACGAGGUGAGGAGCUGAGAAGGAGAGAACAUCCCUGUGAGCGUGAAGAAGACAGAAGAAUUUGCCCCAGAAGAGACAGGGAAGAGCCCCUGAGGGAGAGGAGAAUCGACCAGGAACGGGAGCUGGACCUGGAGGGCUCUGAGCGCCGGGCAAGGGAAAGGGAGGAGAGACAAGAGCGAAAAAUUCGUGAGAUUGAAGGUGACAGAAGGAGACAAAGAGAAACUCUGAGGUACGAGAGGGACAGAGAGAUCUCAGUGGCAGCAGCCGAAGCCGAUGUCAAAGUGCGCCGUGAGAUCCGGGAACGAGGUGAGGAGCUGAGAAGGAGAGAACGUCCCUGUGAGCGUGAGGAGGGAGCAGAACCAGAGAGGAGAAUCUCCCGUGUCAGAGAGAGGGAUGAAACCCUGAGGGAGAGGAGAAUCGAUGUUGAACGGGAGUUGGAGGUCUCAGAGCGCCGCAGCCGCCGGACACAGGACAGCGAGGCAGAAGUGACCAUCACUGACCAGAGUGAGGCACGUGAGAUCAGGCUGGAGGUCCUGGAGGAGGAAGAUGAGGAGGAGCUGGAGCAGGACCAGUACCGGUACCAGACCCUGGACAUGGACACCAUCGAUCUCUGCCCUCCAGGACAGGAGGUGCCCAUCAGUGACCUCCGGGUCCGGUACCGCCCCGCCGACCCCGACGUCCGGCCCGAGGUCCGGCUGCUCCCCGAGCCCGUGGAGCCUCAGACCGUGGCCUACCUGGUGCACGUCAUCCAGAACCAGCAGGACCCCAAAGCCGCCACCUACGAGAUCGUGUGCCACCAGCCCGGCCAGCGCGGCCAGCCCGUGCGCGUCCGCACCUGCUCCGUGUCCCCGCGGCCACCGAGCGACCACAGAGACCGCCCCGAGGUGCCACCAUCCAAACGCCCCCAGGAAAACCCCGGUGAGGGCCUGGAUGAGCCCAGGGAAAGAUCCGGAAAAGAGGUGAAGGAAGGAGCCCUGGAGGAUUCUGGAGCCCUGAAGGAUUCCGGAGCCCUGAGGGAUUCCGCCGAUCCAGAGGCCGUGAAGGGCGAACGGGUGAAAUCCAAGGAGCUCCGGAGGCGCCCCGAGGUCCCCGAGGUGGAGCAGGAGCAGCCCCAGGGUGAGGAGCCCCAGAAGGCCCCGCGGGAGCGGAGAGAGCGCCAGGCCGGCGAGGCCAAGAGCGGAGUCCCCCCGGAACGCCGGGAUCCGGAGCAGAGAGACCCCGGAGAAACCCUCGGGGAGGGAGCCCAGGAGGGCGAGGAGGCUCCCGAGGAGGAACCCAGCAAGAGGAGCCCCCGGGAAGUGGAAAAUUCACGGGUUUCUCAGGAUGGUGGCACCAAGCAGGGCCAGGAGCCCCCGCAGGAGGCUCCGAGCCGUGCCAGGGAUGAAUCCAAAACAUCCUGA